AUGCCUUCUAAAACCGAUAUUCGCAUUAUAUUUCUCUAUGAAUUCAAAAGAGAGACCAAAGCAACAGAAACGGCCCGAAAUAUUAAUUCAGCAUUUAGAGAGAAUGUGGUGACUCUAAUGACAGUGCAACGUUGGUUCAAAAAAUUCAGAAGGAAAAUUGAAAGUCUGGAGAACGAAGACCGUGGAAGACCACCUUUAACUGUUAAUAAUGACGAGCUGAAGAACGUUAUUGAAGCAAAUUCUCGUCAAACAGUUAGAGAAGUGGUUCAAGUAAUGGGAGUAUCUAAAUCUAGCGUUUUCCAUCAUUUGAAGCAGCUUGGAAAGACAAAAAAGCUAGAUCAAUGGAUACCUCAUGAAUUAGACAAAUAUCAAAAAAAUCGUCGUUUUGAAAUCUGUUCUUCUUUGCUGUUAAAGAACAGAAACGACCCUUUUUUGGAAAGAAUUGCAACGUGCGAUGAAAAAUGGAUUCUUUAUGACAAUAGGAAAAAAAUGGCCAGUGGUUGA